GGCGUUAGUUCGGCGUGUUUUUAGCUCCUGGCCCAAAAUUGAAUAGUGGAGCACAUAAAUUAGUGCGAUUCCCCUUGAAAACUUCAUCCAUCCGACGACGGCCAUGACUCACCAUCACGCUCCUGCUCCUCCGACACCUUCUCAUCACCACCACAGCCACCAUCACCAUCACGCUCCUCCUCCGCCUCCGCCUACUCACCACCAUCACCCUCCUCCGCCUCCUACUCCGUAUCCCCCGCCUCUGCACUCCCACCACGAUCCUCUUCUUCCUCCGCCGCCACAACCUUAUCAGGACUACUUUCAUCCACUCAGGUCUCCUCCUCCUCUUCCGAUUUCUUCCCCUAUCCACCGCCGCCACACCCGCGACCGCGAGCGAGAGGGCUGCUGUUCAUGUUCGAUUCUCUGAUCCAGAUGCUGUGCUUAAUUAUGGUGGAUUGGAUUGGAUGCUUCGAUCAACUAUGUUGCAGUUGUAUUUUAGAAUAUAAAACACUUCAUUAUGUAUUAUUAUAGAUCUAGAGUAUACGAUUUGGUAUUGUUGCAUUUGCAUAUACGUGACAAAUAUAUCUGUGUGUGACAAGCAUAAAUAAUGUAGUCCUACUGUUUUUAUCCUUUCCAAAAAUCGCAUUUAUCCUUCUCAAUUUUCAUCUUUUGGGUGUUUUGGCAUCCAAGAAGAUCUUUUGUUUUUCAUUUUAAUGAAUGCAUUGUUUGAUUAAGUUUUUUUCCAUUUUAAGGAAUAAAAUAGUUUAAAUGUUAUUUAGAAAAUGACUUAAGUUUUAGAGGCUGUUUGGCAACUUCUGAAUGGAUAAGUGCUGAACCAGUAAGAGGUCUGAACCAUUAAGUGCUGAACCAGUAAGAGGUCUGAACCAUUAAGAGCUAGUAUAUUGCUUAACUAUUCAGAGGCAAAUGUCUGAUCAAUUCAGAUAAGAGGUCUUAACCAUUCAGACUCUGUAUAAUACUUAACCAUUCAGAGGCAAAUCUCUUAACCAUUCAGACAUCUGAACCAUUAAGAGGCUGAAACAAACAGNUAAGUGCUGAACCAGUAAGAGGUCUGAACCAUUAAGAGCUAGUAUAUUGCUUAACUAUUCAGAGGCAAAUGUCUGAUCAAUUCAGAUAAGAGGUCUUAACCAUUCAGACUCUGUAUAAUACUUAACCAUUCAGAGGCAAAUCUCUUAACCAUUCAGACAUCUGAACCAUUAAGAGGCUGAAACAAACAGUCUGAACCAUUAAGUGCUGAACCAUUCAGACAUCUGAACCAUUAAGAGGCUGAAACAAACAGCCCAUUAGUGCUAUUUAGUAUAAAUAUUUCAGGGAAAAAACCCUCUUCCGCCUUAUUCGAACGCACAACAUGUUGAAUUAAUUACUUGUAUUAAU